CUGCGUGGUGGGCGGGCGGUCCCGGGCCAGCAAACUGCGGGUGCUCCACUAUUGCGCUCCAGCGGUGCAGAGGUUCUAAGGUCCGCUCUCCGCGCAGGUGUUCCGCGCAGCCCACCAGCCAUGUCGUCCUGUCGCCGCGUGGCGCUGGUCACUGGAGGCAACAAGGGCAUUGGCUUUGCCAUCGUGCGCGACCUCUGUCGCCAGUUCUCUGGGGACGUGGUGCUCACCGCGCGCAGCGAGGCGCGGGGCCAGGCAGCGGUGCAGCAGCUGCAGGCAGAGGGCCUGAGCCCGCUCUUCCACCAGCUGGACAUCGACGACCAGCAGAGCAUCCGCGCACUGCGCGACUUCCUGCGCAAGGAGUACGGGGGACUAGAUGUGCUGGUCAACAACGCGGGCAUCGCCUUUAAGA